CUCGCGACAAAACAUCAUGGAGCCAGCGUCUGGGCGACUGUAGGCUCUAACCGGUGUCGGCCGAGACUGCAGAAGCAUUUAAACACUCUCGAAUACUCCCAAGUUGCUAACAGACAGCCCGAACAAACCUAUCCAGCUUCCAAUUGCGUCAUUGCUUCUGCGUACUAACCCGCAGUUCAACGGGCGGGGAAAAUCUCCGAAACUAACCACUUUCCUUUGUGGCCAUCAUUCAUCUCUUCGCUGUCGCUGUCUAGUACCGCAGCUCCCAAUUAUCCAACAUGACUUCUAAACUAGUUCCGAGCGACCCAGCGAAGGUCAUGGUCAUUCGAGAGGUCGUUCCAAGGACAAUCACCACGUUCUCCGUUCCAUUCUGGCGAUUCGGCAGGAUAAAGAUCGGCGGCCGUGGUACUGUCGUGCGCAUGCAGAAUGGCAGCCUCGCCGUCUUCUCGCCAGUUGCUUUGACAGACGACGUCAAGCGCAAAGUCUCCGAAAUGGGAGAAGUCAAGUACAUAACUGCCUUAGACGCUGAACACCACAUCUUCCUCGGCCCAUGGCACGCUGCCUACCCCAACGCAAAAGUCCUGGGCCCCGAAGGCCUCCCCGAAAAGCGCGCAAAGCAGAAGAACGAAGACGUCCCCUUCUCCUACAUCUUCUCGCAAUCCAAGCCCCUCACCUCCAUCGACGCCGACUUCGAUGCCGAAUUCGAAUACGAGUUCGUGUACGCGCACCAGAACAAGGAGCUCGUCUUCAACCACAAGUCUACCAAGACGCUCAUCCAAGCCGACCUGAUCUUCAACUACCCGCCGACCGAGCAGUUCAGCAAGACUGGCGUGAGCGCGACGAGUGGGAUACUGACGAAGAUCUUUGGCGCGCUGACGAAUACAAGGGGGAAUGGGCAGAAGAGGUUGAUUUGGUGGGGGAUUAGCUCGGGCGAUAGGAUGGGGUACGCGAAGUCGGUGGAGAGGAUUGACAAGUGGGACUUUGAGAGGAUUAUUCCCUGUCACGGCGAUGUGGUUGAAACUGGAGGUAAGGGCAUCUUCCAGAAGAUCAUGGAGUGGCACUUGAAUCUGGCGAAGAAGUCUUCGUGAAGAGAUGUAUUGGCGCAGUAAAAGUAGUGAUGAUUUAAGCAUGGCUGAUAGGCGCAAAGGGGUGGCGAGUGACCUGCUGGCGCUGGUGAGUCGAAGCUUUGCGAUACCUUUUCCUUCAUUUCCUUCCAUGCGCUUCAAUUUAUCCAAAUCAUAGCUUUCAAUAAUAGUCUUCUUCAAAUUUAGUUCCGCCAUUGCGUUG